AUUCACUUUAAAAGUAAUUGUUUGAACAAGUUUUGCAUUAAUCUAGAUCGGAGUGAAUUAUGUUAAUAGAAGGGCGAAUCAGAAAAUUCAAUCGGAUUCAAUUUAUACUGCAUCUGCUUGUGCAUGUUUGCAGUUAUGAUAUUCAAAAACACGUCAGUUCAUUUUCGCAAUUGCACAAUGCAGAGAUACUAAAAAUGAAAAAUCAAAUAAGAAAGAUACUUAACAUGACUAAUGAGAACAAUAGACUUGAUAAUUAUAUAUUAUCACUAUUCAACGUAGAAAAUGCAAACCCAACAUAUGUGUUUCUACUUCCCAGUGGAGAUAAGAAAACAAUCAAGAAACUUAUCUAUCAAAAAAGUGAUUUUUUGGAGGCUGAAUUCCCAAACGUGACAGCAAUAAACAAAUUCAAACGAAGUUUGAACCAUACCCUGAAUGUAUAUAGUGAAAAUAAUAACGAACAUACAGAACAAGAGAUUAGAGCAUUCACAGAAACAGAUGAUAACUCUGAUACGGAUAAUAACAUGUCAGAGAUAGUGGAAGAAAAUAUCCGAACAGAGCGUAAUUUUAUCAAGUUCAUGGAUGAUCUCAACGAAGACCUUGAAGAGGAAUUGAAACGACAAAUUUUGAAACACAAACACUCAGUGCACGGUGCAACAUUUAAACAUACUACGUUAUUCACCCCAUAUACUUAUGUGAAUACACAAACCGUGAGCUGGAGCGAUCUUGGUCUUGAGGGAUGGAGUGGUGGUUUAAGAGAUGUAACAGGACACCUUUUCGAACAUCCUGUUUUAGAAAGACCAAAAACCAAACCUGUUUCUUCUGACCCCUUCGUUAGUAUCCAAGCAAGUUUUAAUCCUGUCCGAUUUCUCAAAGAACCUACUGUCACCAAAUCAGUAAUCACAAUUAGUUCCAGCAAUAACACAAGCAGCUCAACUGUGCCUCAGCGGCAUAAGAAUCCUGCGCUUCUUCUUACCCAGGAUAUUGAACAAAAAUUGGAGGACAUUUUAAACCGUACGAGAACCAGUACAGGAAAAGCCCCACGAUGGCCAGUAACCAACAGUCGUGAUGCUCAUCGCGACGAGGACGUAUUUAUAGCGCGGGCUAAUGAUCCUUUUGGGCACUCAACUAAAUGGCGUUGGAGCAAUGAAACGGAUAAAACAGAACGAAAAGCUAUUGAUUUCGUUAGAACUAGAGAUGGGCGCUCGAAGCGCGGUGUGUACAAUCUCUAUUCGAUGAUUAAAUGUUCCACGGGAUGUGAUCCAAUCAUCUACAAAGGCUACGGAUGUUUCUGCGGAUUUCUUGGAUCAGGAAAAGCCCUGGAUGGUAUUGACAAAUGUUGCAAAAUGCAUGACUACUGUUAUUCUAGGGCAAAUUGUCCUAUGUUCUUGGAAUAUUUUGUACCAUAUCUGUGGAAAUGUUAUCGUGGACGACCGCUGUGUGCCAUAGAUCAUGGAGAAUGGGGUGGUCCUAAUUCAUGCGCAACACGCUUAUGCCAUUGUGACCUUUCGCUGUCGAAGUGCUUGCGACGAUACCACUGUCCAAGGAAACGAAACGUUUGCACAACAUCACCAUUGAGACUACUGCAAAAUUUAGUGAUGGUUUUCUAAACAAUAGUCUAACCAAUUCAUCUUAGGCGGAUCUCACACGCAUAGAAAUACUUUCCAGAUUUGGAUUGUCGAAAUUUUCUUCGUUUCAUCAAUUCGGGUACUGCCGUUCUACGCAAAAUUGUUUCAUGUCUUAUGAGAUAGAUAGAGCAAUUCAUUGUUCAGUUGAGUGCUCUUAUGAACCAUCGAUGUAUUAAUCAAUAAAACAAACCAAAAAAAAAGAAUGAAGGUAGUUUUGUAGAUCUUACGCAGGACAGGGUAUGCCAAGUACAAAUAACUAGGAGUAAAAUACGUUUUAAGAU